CUCUUGCAGCAAUAAAUAAACAUGUGAGUUUUUGUUAAUAUAUUUAUUUUGUAGAAUUAUUAUCUGUUGUUGAGACUGACGGAACGGGGGAAUUAUUCGGUAAGUUCUGUCCAACUUAUGCACAGAAACGUGUUACGUUUCGGUGUUAGGAUCGUAAACCACCAUCAGUACUACUUGCAAGCUCUACAGUUUAUUGGUUAGAAGUAACAGCGGUCCUUUUUGAAAAUGGAAGUACUCUCUUUUCGAGGUAUCAGAUUUGCAUCUCGUUUAGGGUUCACUCCGCUACUGGCAACAAAAAGUUUAUUAGAAUCAACGUGUUUCAUGCGUUGCACCGACCCUAGGCGUUGGAAGUUCCGACUUUCUGAGAAACACUUACAUCACAGAAAUCUAUCCUGUAAUUAUGCUCCGUUUUUUAAUCGUAUCAAUGCGCGCGAAGUGCCAGUCCAGUAUAAAUUCAACAAAAAUAUCUUGGUCACGCGGUAUUGUCAAUCAAAGACAAAUAAAGAUGUUGGCAAAGACAGCACAACAGCAGAGCCAAAGAAAGUAUCAGUAUUCGCAAGAAUGAAACAAAUGACCAAGGAUUAUUGGCAUGUACUAAUUCCAGUUCAUGUUGUAACAUCUAUAGGUUGGAUGGUAAUGUUCUAUGCAACAAUAAAAAAUGGUGUGGAUAUUAUAAAGGUCAUGGAAUACUUGAGCUUUAGUGAUAAGUAUUUAGAUAUGGUACGGAAAUCCAGUGCAGGGAAUUGGGCCUUAGCAUAUGUUCUUUUUAAAAUAUUUACACCUCUUAGAUAUACAGUCACUAUAGGAGCUACAACAAUGGCUAUCAAACAGCUUAGCAAAUCAGGCUUUGUCAAACCUUUGCCAUUUGGCAAACAAUCUCAGGUGUACAAGUCUACAUACGAAACUGUGUACAACAGAAUCAAAUAAACGAACAACAACAACAUCAAAGCAAUUUAAAGUAGAGCGAGAAACGGAGCCUCCGAAAACGUAGCGAUAUCAGAACCACCCGUUGACUACCAUCUGGAUAAGAAGGUUCUAUCUCUUUCGUCGUGCAAUCUUGAAGCUUCGUGGAUCAAAAUGGAUGUACAUUGUCUUUGUAAAUAUAUAAACGUUAUUGUGUUACGAUAAAAAUCUUAUACGCAAUAUUA